AUGGUUGUCGGUGUCGCAGUCAAUUUUGUUGAUUUGAUGCCACCGUUACUGGAAUCACUUGAGUCAUUGUUCUGGAAAUUUCAGAAAAAUCAAAAAGAAAUAGAAGAACUAAAAAAAGAGCUGAAAGCCGAAAGAAGACUGAUAAAAAAUAAAAAUGAAGAAAAUGAAGCAUUAAGAAAAGAUUACAACCAUUUGCUAGAUGCCUAUUGGGCAAAGUGUGAAACGGGAAUUUAUUAUUUUGAGGUUAAUGGUUUGGAUAUACGUUUAUCGCUAUUAGUCAUGUUCUGUGCAAAUUAA